AUGGGUUGGUGGGUUGUACCAGUGCAAGUUAGAAGUCAGUUGCAGUACACAUCGUGUUGCACAAUGUUGACUAAGUUAAUAGUAAUUACCGCAUUAGUAGCAUCGACGCAAGCGGGUCUCCUGGGUGCCCCCGCCGCCUAUUCCACGGUACAAACUCACGGUAUUUUGGGCGGUCCUGCAAUCGCCGCCCCUGCGUAUGCCGCUCCAGCAUAUGCAGCUCCAGCAUAUGCUGCUCCUUCGUAUUCGAUAGCUUCACCAGCGAUUUCACACGCGUAUGCUGCUCCUGCGAUACCUGCUCUGCAAGCCAUAGCUGCUCCUUCGUACAUUAAGGCUGCUCCUGUGAUAAAGGCUGCUCCUGCUGUCGACUAUGUGGCUUAUCCAAAAUACCAAUUCAACUACGGAGUAGCUGAUGGUCACACCGGCGACCAAAAAACCCAAACAGAAAUUCGCGAUGGUGACGUCGUCAAAGGGCAAUACUCAGUAGUCGAACCAGACGGUACUGUACGUACUGUCACCUACACAGCCGAUGAUCACAACGGUUUUAACGCAGUAGUAACACGGUCAGGACAUGCUGCGCAUCCUGCCACUCCUGUGCAAAAAGUGAUUGCUGCGCCAGUAGUGCAGAAGGUUAUCGCUGCGCCUGCUCUAGCUUCUCCGUAUGGUGGAAUAGGACAUGGGCUCGGUGCCUACGGAGGCCUAGGCCUGAUCAAGGGCUAA